AUGCCAGUCCAGGGGACGAUCUCCGCUAUUCUGCGUGAUCGUCAUGUGUAUCUGCACGUGAUGGACCACGACCUCAAGAGUAAGAGGGCUCAAGUACUAGCAUUUCUUGCAUCUGAUGAAGCCCUUGCGAAUCGAGUGCUGCAGUGUCAAGCCAAGCGCGUGGUGCUGUCUGGGGAUCUUCUAAAGGCGAGAGCAAAGUAA